CUGUCGGGGCACCCAACUUUACCAUGCAACGUGCUCAAAUUCAAAUCAACCACCAUUAUGUUGGACUGUGGACUGGACAUGACUUCCACCCUCAAUUUCCUUCCUUUGCCACUUGUUCAAAGUCCCAGGCUGUCUAAUCUUCCUGGCUGGUCCCUAAAGGAUGGAAAUGCUUUCUUGGACAAGGAGCUAAAAGAGUGCUCGGGUCACGUAUUUGUGGAUUCUGUGCCUGAAUUCUGUUUACCAGAGACCGAGCUAAUAGAUCUGUCUACGGUAGAUGUGAUCCUCAUCUCUAACUAUCACUGCAUGAUGGCACUGCCCUACAUCACUGAACACACUGGUUUCACAGGCACUGUCUAUGCUACAGAACCCACUGUGCAGAUCGGCAGGCUUCUCAUGGAAGAGCUGGUGAAUUUUAUUGAAAGAGUGCCAAAGGCUCAGUCUGCCUCCUUGUGGAAGAAUAAGGAUAUACAGCGGCUGCUGCCUUCUCCUCUCAAGGAUGCAGUGGAAGUAUCAACCUGGAGAAGAUGCUAUACAAUGCAAGAGGUGAACUCAGCCCUUAGUAAAAUCCAGCUGGUGGGAUAUUCCCAGAAAAUUGAACUUUUUGGUGCAGUCCAGGUGACUCCUCUAAGCUCUGGCUAUGCCCUUGGAAGCUCCAACUGGAUUAUCCAGUCCCAUUAUGAGAAAGUAUCUUACGUCUCCGGAUCCUCCUUGCUGACUACACACCCUCAGCCCAUGGACCAGGCUUCUCUCAAAAACAGUGAUGUUCUCAUUCUGACGGGGCUCACCCAGAUUCCAACUGCAAACCCAGACGGUAUGGUAGGAGAGUUCUGCAGCAACCUAGCUCUUACAGUCCGGAAUGGAGGUAAUGUGUUGGUUCCCUGCUACCCUUCUGGAGUGAUCUAUGAUCUCCUGGAAUGCCUGUAUCAGUACAUUGACUCAGCCGGCCUCUCCAAUGUCCCUUUCUACUUCAUCUCCCCUGUGGCUAACAGUUCACUCGAGUUUUCCCAGAUUUUUGCUGAGUGGCUUUGUCACAACAAACAGACUAAAGUGUAUCUCCCAGAACCUCCUUUUCCUCAUGCAGAGCUCAUUCAGACCAAUAAACUGAAGCACUACCCCAGCAUCCAUGGAGACUUCAGCAACGAUUUCAGACAGCCAUGUGUGGUGUUCACUGGGCACCCUUCCCUCCGGUUUGGGGAUGUGGUCCACUUCAUGGAGCUCUGGGGAAAGUCUAGUCUCAACACUGUUAUAUUCACAGAACCUGACUUCUCCUAUCUGGAAGCACUGGCUCCCUACCAGCCCUUGGCCAUGAAAUGCAUAUACUGCCCCAUUGAUACACGAUUGAAUUUCAUCCAAGUAUCAAAGUUGCUUAAAGAAGUACAGCCCCUCCAUGUAGUGUGUCCUGAGCAGUAUACCCAGCCACCACCAACCCAGUCCCACCGGAUGGACCUGAUGAUUGACUGCCAGCCCCCUGCUAUGUCCUAUCGCAGGGCCGAAGUCCUUGCCCUGCCCUUCAAACGUCGGUAUGAGAAAAUCGAAAUUAUGCCUGAGCUUGCAGAUUCCCUGGUGCCCAUGGAGAUUAAGCCUGGCAUUUCCUUAGCAACCGUUUCGGCUGUGUUGCAUACUAAAGAUAACAAGCACAUUCUUCAGCCUCCUCCAAGGCCCUCCCAGCCCACAAGUGGUAAGAAGAGAAAGCGGGUGAGCGAUGACAUUCCGGACUGCAAAGCUGUGAAGCCUUUGUUGAGUGGCGCCAUUCCUGUGGAGCAAUUUGUACAGACCUUAGAGAAGCAUGGCUUCAGUGAUAUUAAGGUGGAAGAUACGGCUAAGGGCCAUAUUGUCCUGCUCCAGGAGGCAGAAACACUGAUCCAGAUUGAGGAAGACUCAACUCAUAUCAUUUGUGACAAUGACGAGAUGCUCAGGGUACGACUGCGGGAUCUUGUCCUCAAAUUCUUACAGAAGUUCUAA